AUUGACGAUAUCCACAACAUAAGAACGAGAUUUACAACAUUAAACAGUCGAAUUAUCGUCCACUAUUUUUAAGUGUUUUAUUUCUAUCCGUGAAGUAGUAGCAGCAGGAAUAUGCCUGAAAUUGAAAUUGAAAGAAUAAUUUCAGUAUCAAGUGAAGAUCAAAAAUUUCCCGCAAAAAAUCUCCUACGAAAAGACGGCUCUAAAUGGCAAAAUCAGUGCGGGAAAAAGGCAAGCAUAAUCUUCAAGCUGAAAGAGGAGUCUUUAAUCACUUCAAUUCACAUUGGAAACAAUGGUUCUGCCUUCGUAGAAGUAUUGGUUGGAAAGUCGUCGUCCACUGAAGAUAACAAAGUUAUAUUAGUUGCAUCAUCUUUCAUGAGUCCUGUAGAGAGCAGAUCAAUGGAUAAUUCUCAUAGAGUUAGGUUAUUUAAUACAGAUAAUCUUUGCAAGACAGUCAUUGACGAAAAGUGGGAUAAGAUUGAAGUUGUUUGUACUCAACCUUUUAAUAAAACAACUCCUUACGGAUUGUCAUUUAUAAAAUUUUUCUCUGAAGAACUUCCUGUCCCUCAGCAAACGACUUUGGGAUCUUUUAAAUUAUUAUCAGAUGACAAUAGACAAAGCAGCUUUCGUCCUGGAUCAUUGUUUGCUAAGAGAAAGGAAAAACCUCUUUCCCCUCCACUCUCAGCAGCAGCUGAAGCACGUGAUAUUUCCCGGCAUAUUGAAGGAUGUGACCAUCAAACUGUGCCAUCUAAGCAAGAAAGAAAUACUAUUAAAGAAAAAACUUCGAGAGUCUUCGAACCAAAGCAAAAAACCACACUUGAUCAGGGAAACAAAACACACAAGACUUUAGGAAGAAAUAGCAAUAAAAAAGAAAGAUCCUUUGGUCAGCUAAUGGAAAAAGUAACAUUUGUUCUGAGUGGUUUUCAAAAUCCAUUUAGAAGUAAAAUUAGGCAACAGGCCAUUGAGAUGGGAGCUACUUAUAAAGCAGAUUGGUCCGCUAACUGCACACAUUUAAUAUGUGCAUUUAAAGACACACCAAAGUACAACUCAGUUCUUGGAAAAGGAAAAAUUGUGAAGCAUCACUGGAUAGAAGACUGCUUUAAACAAAAAAAAUUAUUAUCUUCGAAAAAAUAUCGUCUUGAUUCAAGUAAAAGUGACAGUUCAGAGUCGGAAGAUGAUAUACCAUAUAAAAAGAGAAAGCAACAACCUGGUAUAAUAAGUAGACCCGAGACAUCAAAACAGGCUGAUAAAAGAGAUUAUCCUUCUGACUUCUCAUCUUCACUUGAAACAGAUCAACCGAAGAGAAGAAGCCAAACGAAGUUAACACAAAAAAAUGAUAGUACAUCAUCUGUCUUAAAAAAUUUCUUUGAAGGAACUAUAUUUUUCAUUCAUGGAGAUUUUCCUGAAACUGAAAGACAGCAAACGGAGAGAUAUAUCAUUGCUGCCGGCGGUGAAAUUGAAGAUCAAAUAUCAAGAAAUACUGAAUUUGUAGUCACAAUGAAUGAAUAUCGCAGAAACUUUGACGAAACAGCUAAAGGAAACUUAACAAAUUUGAAGUUUAUUAAACCACAAUGGAUUUUUGAAUGUCAUGACUCUGGGAAAAAAGUUGAAUAUCGAAAAUUUGAAGUUAAAUGA